AUGGAGGAUAAGAAAGGUAAAGGACGUCGAAAGAUACCAAUGAAAAAAAUAGAAAACCAAGCUGACCUAUAUGCUAGCUUCUCCAAGCGUCGCUCAGGUUUAUAUAAAAAGGCUAGAGAACUUGUUAGAGAAUGUGAUGUUGAUAUCGGAACGAUAAUCCUUUCCCCUACUGGUAAGCCUCACUCGUUUUUUCACCCUACAGUUGAUGCAAUCAUUUCUCGUUUUCAGAAUCCUGAUAUACAAUUAAGUAUAAGUACUCAGCUUGUCGCGGCUCAUGCUCGACAUAGAGUGAAUGAACUCAAUAACAGGCUUGAAGAACUUGAUACCAUAAAAAAUGCUUCAGUUUUUCAAAAAAAUGUCUAUGAUGAAGUGAUGGAAACUAGGCAGAAAAGUCGGUGGGAGUCUGUUGAGGAGCUUAGUGAAGAGGAAUUGACCAAGUUUGAAGCUUGGUUAAACACUGUUGGUUCUGAUUUGCAAAAUCGUUUGAAUCAAUUGGAAAAUGGAGCUUCAUCCUCACAGGGAUGA